AUGGAACACGUGAAAGAACAAGGUGUCUGCCAAACCGUGCUUCAUGUCGAAGUUGCAGUAUUGAGGCUUGAUGAAAAAGGACUGACAAUUGAACACGAACAGAACCGCGCUACGCGUCACAAAAUUCGCAGAGUUCGGUUUUUAUUCGUGCUUUGGGUCGAAGCCAAUGUAGGACAGCUUAAGAUUCAAUACGCGGAGGAGCGGCGCAAAGUCUUGGAGGUCAAGAGGAAAGUAUAUCAGUUACUCGAUCCGGGCACUUCCUCUACUCGUGUACAGGGUUGGGUCCAAUUGCUUCUGGACCGCGCCUAUGGCAAAUCAAAGGCACGAAAGCAUCUCAAGGUAUUUUUGAAUCCGCUUUCCGGCGCUGGUUCCGCCGUGAAAUGGUACUACCAAUUCGCGGUCCCUCUCUUCACCGCAGCACAAUGCCAUGUGGACUUACAAGAAACCCGUUCUUCUGGCCAAGCAAUGGUGUUGACAUAA